CCGAGGCUGGGAGGUUAAGCCCUGUUCGCAGCCCAGGUGCCCAGCGGAGACAGCAGGGAUGAGAGUGGCGGUGGUGGGCGCGGGCGUCAGUGGGCUGACGGCCAUCAAGUGCUGCCUGGAUGAAGGGCUGGAGCCCACUUGCUUUGAGCAGAGCCGGGACAUCGGGGGGCUCUGGCGCUACACGGAGCACAUCGAGGCCAGCCGGCCAAGCCUCUACCCGUCGGUCAUCAGCAACACCUCGAAGGAGAUGUCAGCAUUCUCCGACUUUCCCUACCCCGAGGACUUCCCGGUGUUCCUGCCUAACGCCCAGCUCCUGGACUACCUCCGGCGCUAUGCUGAGCGCUUCGGCCUCCGGGAGCACAUCAAGUUCGGGACCACUGUUGUCAGCGUCCGGAAACACCCCGACUUUGCCACCACGGGCCAGUGGGAUGUGGUUACAGAGGCAGAUGGGAAGCAGACAUCGCACAUCUUCGAUGCCAUUAUGGUUUGCAGCGGCAACUUCUCCGAGCCGUCCCUCCCCCUGCACUGUUUUCCCGGCAUCGAGAGGUUUCAAGGCCAGUACUUUCACAGCCGGCAGUACAAGCAUCCUGACGUGUUUCAGGGGAAGCGUGUCCUCGUGGUCGGCAUGGGCAAUUCGGGGGUGGACAUCGCAGUGGAGGCCAGCCGCGUAGCUGCGAAGGUGACCGUUUGCACCAGCCGAGGCGCCUGGGUGCUCAGCCGCGUGUUUGACCACGGCUACCCAUGGGACAUGGUUUUCAACACUCGCCUUAUGAGCUUGAUCAGAAACAGCCUCCCCGGACCCCUUUCAUGGGGGUUGAUUAACUACAGGGUGAACCAGUGGUUCAACCAUGAAAACUAUGGCCUUCAACCAGAGAAGAGCUGCUUGGUGCGUGAGCCCGUGCUGAACGAUGACCUUCCAAGCUACAUCCUGACAGGGAGGAUCACCAUCAAGCCGAGCGUGAAGGAGUUCAAGGACAACUCGGUUGUCUUCCACAAUUGCCCUGAGGAGGAGCCCAUCGAUAUCGUCGUCUUCUGCACGGGCUACAAUGUCUCCUUCCCAUUCCUAGAAGAAGCAGUCGUCAAGGUGGAAAACAAACAUGCAUCCCUCUACAAAUACGUGUUCCCAACCCACCUGCAGAAGCCCACCCUGGCUGUCCUUGGGCUGAUCAAGCCAUUAGGAGCCAUCAUGCCCGUGACAGAGAUGCAAGCACGCUGGGUGACCCGUGUUUUCAAAGGUUUGUGCCAGUUGCCUCCUCAGUCUGUCAUGGAGAAGGAAGUAAACGAGAAGAAGAAAAACCAAGUGCAAUGGUUUGGUCUGUCCUUUGAUGAAGUCCUCAAAACUGAUUGCCUGGUCUACAUGGACAAGCUUGCCUCCUUCAUCGGCGCCAAGCCCAGCGUACUGGGGCUGCUCUGCAGAGACCCCCGGCUGGCCCUCACCGUCUUCUUCGGCCCCUGCACCCCCUACCAGUAUCGGCUGGGGGGACCGGGGCGCUGGGAGGGAGCACGCCGGGCCAUCCUCACCCAGUGGGACCGGACCCUGAAACCCACAAGAACACGAGUCCCCACCAGCUCCUCCAGCCCCUGCCCUUCUCUCCUGACUGUGGUGGGGUUCCUCCUGCUCCUGGCUGCUGUGGUUUUUGGUUUCCAGUAGAUUUUAGAGCCUGUUUAGGUUUGGUUGUUUUUUUUUUUCCUUGUCCUUGGGGUUGUUAUCUCAGGUCAGACAGUUCCACAGGGUGUCACGGGACAGGGGGAAAGGAAUUUCAGCAGAUCACAACAAAUUUAAAACUUUAACCAGCAGCACAAACCUCUCUCUCUGCUCCAGCUCACCCAUGAGCACAGCUUUGUGGACCUGAUUACCUGGGGAUGGCAGCCUCCCCCCAGCAUUUAUUGCCCCUCUGCUGCUCUCCUGCCUGCCGCUGUGAGCAGAGCACGGCUGUGCGGCACAGCCGUGCCCAGACCGCGCUGACCAGGAGGCAGCUGGGACACGACCAGCGAAAACAGCUUUGAGUGUCACAGCCAGCAAGGAGCAUGGGGGCCCAGUCCUGCCCCAAAUCAGCCAGGAACUGGGGUCUUUAGUCCAGCAAGGGGUUAUCUGGGCUGGGUACACAGGUCAG